AUGCUGGAUGGCCAGCUAUUCUCCGAGGGGCCCGACAGCCCCCGGGAGCCCCAGGAUGAGGAGUCUGGCAGCUGCCUCUGGGUGCAGAAAUCCAAGCUGCUGGUGAUCGAAGUGAAGACAAUUUCCUGUCAUUAUAGUCGCCGCGCCCCUCCUCGACAGCCCAUGGACUUCCAAGCCAGCCACUGGGCCCGUGGGCCCCAGAGCCGCACGUGUGGGCCGCGCUCGGGAUCCCCUGAACCGCCGCCCCGCCGUCCCUGGGCCUCCAGGGUGCUGCAGGAGGCGACCAACUGGCGGGCGGGGCCCCCGGCCGAGGCCCGAGCCCGGGAGCAAGAGAAAAGGAAAGCGGCAUCGCAAGAGCGGGAGGCCAAGGAGACCGAGCGAAAAAGGCGCAAGGCUGGUGGGGCCCGAAGGAGCCCCCUCGGUCGGCCCCGCCCGGAACCUCGGAACGCCCCUCGGGUGGCCCAGCCUGUAGGGCCCUCAGCUCCUUCACGACCCGAGCGCCUGGGGCUGGCGGGGCGACCGCCCCGUCCAUCCGCGCAGCCUCAGAGCGACCCAGGGGCGGCGUGGGCGGGGCCCUGGGGAGGUAGGCGGUCAGGGCCCCCCAGCUACGAGGCACACCUGCUGCUAAGGGGCGCAGCCGGGACGGCCCUGCGACGACGCUGGGACCGCCCGCCACCCUACGUGGCUCCACCUUCUUACGAAGGCCCCCACAGGACCUUGGGGUCUAAGCGAGGCCCCGAGCCCUCCCAGGCGCCCGCCUCAGCAGCCUGUGCUCCGACUCCGGCCAGGACAGAGGGAGGGUUCACAAAGAAGAGGCUGGAUCCUCGGAUCUAUCGGGACGUCCUCGGGGCUUGGGGUCUCCGACAGGGACGGGGUCUCCUGGGGGGAUCCCCAGGCUGUGGAACAGCCAGGCCAAGGCUGGAGUCCGGCAAAGGGGCCGUGGAGAAAAGCCUGGGGCUGGCUAGUGCCGGCCCGAAUAGUGGUAGUGACAGCCAUCCCCAAGCCAAAGCUGCUGGGAGCCCAAGCUCGGAGACAGCUCCUGCGGGGUUGGCCGCUGCGACUCCCAGCCCACCGCGUCCCGCUCCCAGGUCCAGGCCCCAUCUCAAGGGCCCCGGGGAAGGGAAAGAAAGUAGGGAACAGAGCUGGCUCCCCAAAUGCUGGAUUCCCUCCCUUAAAAGGCAGGCACCGCGACAUAGCCAGACCCUCCCCAGACCCUGGGCUCCAGGAGGCACUGGAUGGAGAGAGUCCCUGGGUCAUAGAGAGGGGGCAGGACCUGAGACCUUGGAGGGUUGGAAAGGGGCCCGCCGCGCCCACACCCUGCCCCGCAGCUCCCGCGGCCCUGCUCGGGGAGAAGGCGUCUUUGUCAUUGACGCCACGUGCGUGGUGAUACGCUCCCAGUACGUUCCAACCCCUCGAACCCAGCAUGUACAGCUUCUGCCCAAUGGGGUGCCGCGCGUCGGGGGGGAUGCCCCUAACCAACCGAAGCCCAACAAGGAAGAGGUCGAGGGAGUCGCGGCCUUUUCCUCCCCAUGCCAAAAACUGCUGUUGAGCAGUCGCCUUUCACACCAGCUUGGUGGGGGGCGAGGGUUCGAAGCUGAGGGCGGGAAGCCCCCGGACUCCUCCUUGGAGGAGCGCGCCUCGCGCAUCUUGGGGCUCCCGGUUGGCGAAGUAAACCUGCAGGACGCCCCCGCGCAGCCAGGUAGCCCAGAGCGCUCAGUCUUAGGCCCACCGGCUUCGGGAGGCGCGGGCAGUGCCGAGGGCUCGGAGGAAGUGGCGGCUGUCCCGCGGCGCGCGGGCCGGGGCUGGGCGCGGACCCCAGGGCCCUACGCCGGGGCCCUGCGGGAAGCCGUGUCCCGCAUCCGGCGUCACACUGCCCCGGACUCGGACUCAGACGAAGCUGCGGAGCUCAGCGUCCACAGCGGCUCUUCUGAUGGAAGCGACACCGAAGCCUCGGGCGCCUCCUGGCGAAAUGAGCGGCCCCGGCCCGGGGAAGGCGGGAAGACGGCAGAGCUGAGCGACAGUAUCCGAGAGAUUCUAGAUGUCAUCAACCGAACCGAGGAGGCCUUCUUCGGAGAAAGGGACACUAAGGGGAUGCCACAGGGAAAUAGGAAGCAGCAGUGA